AUGAAACAAGAAUCUGUAUCAAAUAAUUCACAUUUUAAUGUAGAAAAUUCUUUUGAAAAAAUACUAAAUUCCAGUGGAUGCAUACAAGAAAGAGAAACACUACAAGAAUGUUAUUAUGAGAAACGUGAUUGGAGACUCUGUUCUGAAGAAUUAAAGCGUUUUCGUCAGUGUUGGACCUUAAGAAAUAAUAAUCAUAAAAUAAUAGAAAAUAGUUCUUUAAAUCAAUCCAAUUAA